AUGAAUUGCUCCGGCGUUAUGCGAGCAUACAGAAGAUUGGUAGAUGCUCAAAAGAAGAGAAUCGCUGGUAGCUACUAUUUUAUGUACCCGAAGUGGAUUCAUUCUUCCAUCAUAGCCGCUUCAGCGAAUGCUCCAAAGCCGACAAGCAUCAUCUCGUUGCCAAGCCCGCCACCUUCACGGGGAAGUUGGGGAGAUGAGCGAAAUACUUACGGAUCCAAGUAUGACUGUUGGGCUAUCAUGGGGACCUUCGCGGCUGUGGCAGCAGCAGGCGUUGCAACAUCGAUUGUGUCAACAAACAAGUCUGACGCUCGCUGUUGCGGCAUUGUAGGGUACAUUGGAACGGGAAAUGUGGAGCCAGUGUUGAUGGAAGGAAUCGAAAUUCUUCAGAAUAGGGGGUAUGACAGCUGCGGUAUGACAACAAUUGGGAACGAUGGGCAGCUCGUCACAACAAAAUUCGCUAGCCGAGGCACAACUAGCGACUGCAUUCAACUGCUGAAGAAAGAAGCUGCUGCCCAUCAUGGUGGGCACCACAUAGGGAUUGCACACACGCGCUGGGCAACUCAUGGUGCGAAGACAGACACCAAUGCGCAUCCGCAUAUGGACUGGAAGAGGCGCAUUUCGUUGGUGCAUAAUGGCACCAUCGAUAAUUUCGCACAGUUGAAGAAGGAUCUAAUAGCUAAGGGGUGCAUAUUUAUGACCGAGACGGACUCUGAAGUUAUUGCGAAUCUCAUAGGAUACAAGCUCGAUCUCGGACUGUCGUUUGAAGACGCUGUUGCUGAGAGUGUCUCGCAGCUGCAGGGCACUUGGGGCCUCUGUGUGAUUCACAAAGACUACCCAGACCGCAUAGUGCUUGCCCGCAAUGGUUCACCACUCCUUGUUGGCAGCAGCGACGGGCAAGUCUUUGUUGCAUCAGAACCAGCCGCCUUAGCAAGACACACCAGCCAGUACCUCAUGCUUCAGGAUGGAGAGAUAGCGAUCGUCACAAGUAAAGGGAUUGACCAGCUCCUGGAAUCACGUGACAUGCACCGAAUCUCGGCUGAAACGGUUGAAACAUCCCCCGACCCAUUUCCCCACUGGACUCUCAAAGAAAUAUUCGAGCAACCCCAGAGUUUGGCCCGCGCCCUCAACUAUGGGGGACGAAUAAUGGCUCAUGGCAACCGCGUGAAGUUAGGUGGCCUGGACCAAAACAAAGACUUGUUAGCGAUCCGCAAUUUACUGCUUGCGGGUUGCGGAACAUCGUUGUACGCCGGCAUGUACGGGGAACAGCUUAUGCAGUGGCUGGCCUGUUUCGACCAGGUGCGGGCUAUUGAUGCUACUGAAUUGGAGCAGCACUCUUUACCCAAACAUGACGCCGGAAUCCUCUUGCUCUCCCAGUCAGGGGAGACGUUAGACACUAUCCGAGCCUGCCAGAUUGCUGACGAGCAUGCUGUUAGGAAAUUUUCAAUUGUUAAUUCCGUGGGUUCUCUUCUCGCUCGCAUGACUUCCUGUGGCGUGUAUCUCAAUGCUGGGAGAGAAGUUGCCGUCGCCUCGACGAAGGCCUUUACUUCCCAAGUGACGGUGCUUGCCCUGGUAUCCAGCUGGUUCUGGCAAAACCUGCGUAGCGAAGAAUAUCCAGAUCGUUGCAAUGCUUUAUUGGACGCUCUUCACCGUCUUCCUGUAUAUGCGGGUAUGACACUGAAUGCCCACGGGGCUUGCAAGCGGAUUGCUGAGAAACUGAAAGAUGCGCAGACGCUGUUCGUGCUGGGAAAAGGCUUUGGUUAUCCUGUUGCUCUCGAAGGUGCGCUGAAGAUUAAAGAGAUAUCGUACAUCCACGCAGAAGGGUUUGCCGGUGGAGCGCUGAAACAUGGGCCGUUUGCUUUGAUCGAUGACAAAGCACGCACUCCUGUCGUCAUGAUUGUCCUUGGGGACCAACAUGCAGCACUAAUGCUCAACGCGGCUCAGCAGGUGAAGGCGAGGGGUGCAUAUCUCAUCUGCUUAACUGACUUCCCGGAGCUCGUGCAAGAUGUUGCUGACGAUUAUAUUGUUAUCCCAAGUAAUGGGCCGCUCACUGCACUACUUGCAGCGAUCCCUUUGCAGCUCCUGGCCUACGAACUCUCCGUUGCCAAGGGAAUAAAUCCCGAUAAGCCAAGGGGGCUGGCCAAGACAGUUACAGUCAGUUAG